GGCCGGGGUCCCGGGCUACGGGCUACGGGAUCCCGGGCUACAAGGUCUCUUGUGAUCUUCGAAAGCCCUCGAAAAACGUCGAAUUACCUUCGGCUAUCUUCGGAAGGCUUCGGGUCAACUUCGUCUACCUCGGAUUUCCAUUGGCAGUCGUAAGUUUCUUCGUACUAACUUUGGAUGUCUUUGUUGUAAUUUGCACGAAUGAUUCAAAUUUGUACUGGUGUUACAUGAAAACUGCACUACUUUUUGACCAAUCAGGAUCGAGUAAUUUUUUCAAGUGUAUUAUUACAACAAAAGCAGGAACCCUGGAUGCGCACACUAAACAUUUGAAAUCACGUUUAUUGCUCUUAUCUCCGAUAGAUUUGUCAGUUGCUCUGAAACGAAUGGAUUUACCACUGCUCAUCACUCUGUUGCCACUUAUGCUUACCGAGAUCACGCUCUCCUCGGCCAGCAAGGUAAGCUGCACUGGCUGCUCGUCUCCUAGCGAGUGUAAUGCAGCUGGAAACUGCACAAGCUACUGUACCGGGGGUGGAUGUAACAUGACUUGUUCGCAGAGUGUAAAACAUUGCGGUCAAAUCUGCACUGGUAGAGGCUGCGACAGUAACUGUGAAGCUGAAAACUGCAAGCUUGGAUGUACCGGGGGUGGAUGCACCAUGACCUGCCCACCUGGCGUAAAAGAUUGCCAUUUGAUCUGCACAGGUGGGGGAUGCGACUGCUACUGCGAUGCCGAUAACUGCAAGCAAGAUUGUGUUGGAGGUUGCACAAACACUAACUUACCAGACGGCGUAGCCUGCACUGGUGGAUGCCACAGUGUCUGUGAUGCUGGAAGGUGCACGCUUGGUUGUAUUGGAGGAGGAUGCGACAUGACCUGCCCAGAGAGCGUCAAGUAUUGCGAUCCAAUUUGCACUGGUGGAGGCUGCCACAGUAAAUGUGAAGCUGAAAACUGCACGCUUGAGUGUACCGGAGGUGGGUGCAACAUGACCUGUCCAGCUGGCGUAAAACAUUGCCAUCUAAUCUGCGUAGGUGGGGGAUGCGACUUCAACUGCGAUGCCGACAACUGCAAGCAAGAUUGUGCUGGAGGUUGCAUGAACACUAACUUGCCAAACGGCGAAGCCGGAGAUCGAAGUUCGAUGCGUGACCACAUAGAGACUUUAUUGAAUAGCAUGGGAACAGACUCCCAGCAAGCCCGAACGAAGCGAGGGAGCCUGUAGACAUUCUAUUGAUGCCGCCGUUUCAUGAUACCAGGAUCUGGUAAUUAACUUAAUCAAUAUAAGAAUCUUCUGAGCUUAAUAUGACAAAGAGUCAUCUCUUGAUUUUCGUUUUAAACCGAUUUAACGUGUGGUUGUUUAGGUCCAGUGGCAUCUCAUUCUAUUCUGAUGUUCUAAUUCGAAUUCCAAGAUACUUUAACAUAUUCUUUGCACUCCAGUGUAAGGCAGCGUCCA